AGUCGUUUUCCCGGAGUGUGCGCGCAAAUUUCCUCUUGGAUCGGUGCUGAAAGCUUGGCAGUUGGCUUUGCACUUGCCUAGUAGCAGAAUUAGAGCAACCGCCUGUUUCUCUCGCCCACGCACAGAGUCAUAUAGCCCAGAAAAAACUUCCCGGGACUUUCAGCCCGUCCCGAAAAAAAGUUGGAAACAGACCCACAUGCAAACAGCUGGAAGAGCUAAAAUCAGAAACCACUAACCACCGCGGGAGCUGCUCAGUGCACGGAGGAGUUGACUUUAGUUUUAUUUCAAGAUCCUCUCUAUUUCAUAGCCCCUUUUGGUGUAUUGUGUGUUUCACCACACAACCUUCUACUGGGGAGGAGUAAUGUCGCAGACGAGAUGUGAAAUGGAGAAGUACCUGACACCUCAGCUUCCACCAGUUACUAUCAUCCCAGAACAUAAGAAGUACAGGAGAGACAGUGCCUCAGUUGUAGACCAGUUCUUCACGGACAGUGAAGGGUUACCUUACAGUAUCAACAUGAAUGUCUUCCUCCCUGACAUCACCCACCUGAGAACUGGCUUGUACAAAACUCAGAGACCAUGCGUAACCCACAUCAAGACAGAACCUGUGACCAUUUUCAGCCAUCAGAGUGAAACUACUGCCCCUGCCCCAGCCCCAACUCAGGCUCUCCCUGAAUUCACCAGUAUAUUCAGCUCUCACCAGACUGCAACUCCAGAUGUGAACAACAUUUUCAUCAAGCAAGAACUUCCAACGCCAGAUCUUCACCUUUCUGUCACUCCCCAGCAGGGCCAGUUGUACCAACUUUUGAGUUCACCGGAUUUAGAUAUGCCCAGUUCUACAAACCAGACGGCAGUAAUGGACACACUUAAUGUCUCCAUGCCAGCAGCCAUGGCAGGCCUUAAUACACUCACCUCAGCUGUUCCACAGACUGCAAUGAAGCAAUUCCAGGGUAUGCCCCCCUGCACAUACACAAUGCCAAAUCAGUUUCUUCCACAACAGGCCACUUACUUCCCCCCUUCACCACCAAGUUCAGAGCCUGGAAGUCCAGAUAGACAAGCAGAGAUGUUGCAGAAUUUAACACCCCCUCCUUCUUAUGCUGCUACAAUUGCUUCUAAACUGGCAAUUCACAAUCCAAAUAUACCAGCCACCCUGCCAAUUAAUUCACAGAACAUCCAAACAGUCAGAUACAAUAGAAGGAGUAACCCAGAUCUAGAGAAGAGACGAAUCCACUACUGUGAUUAUCCUGGCUGCACAAAAGUUUAUACAAAGUCUUCCCAUUUAAAAGCUCACCUGAGGACUCAUACUGGUGAAAAGCCAUACAAGUGCACAUGGGAAGGAUGUGACUGGAGAUUUGCUCGCUCUGAUGAAUUAACACGUCACUACAGGAAACACACAGGAGCCAAACCUUUUCAAUGUGCAGUGUGUAACCGGAGCUUCUCUCGCUCUGAUCACCUAGCUCUGCACAUGAAAAGACACCAGAAUUGAGAUGAACUGUUUCUUGAGGCUUGUCAGAGUCUAUGCAAUUCAUUAUUGAUGUUAUGCAGUUAGAUUUGGCAAAUUUUUAACUAUGAACUUACAUAAAGAAAUUGAAAACUGGAAGUGUAUAUUUUGUAUAUUUGAGAGAUAACAGGGAAUAUGUUAUAUUAAUACCAAAGUGUUCAUUUUAAGAACUUGAUAUUGCGUGCUGUAAUAUAUAUGGCUUUAUUUGGCAGGUUUCAUCUCUUAACAAGUAGUCACAUCUCAAGACCUUGAGUAUGUAGGUUUGGGUUUUUUGUUUUGUUUUAAAGGGAAAAAAGGGAGGGGGAGGGAUUAUGUUGGAAGGGGAUGGUGAACUUUCGCCUUGUUUUUAACGUAAGCACCGUCAUUUAUUGUGACCCUCUUUAGAACACAAAUGAGUUUGGCAGGCAUGGAAUGGAAUUAUGAAUUACAAUGUCAAGAUUUUACUUGACAUGGAGUUUUAAAUGUUCUGGAAUUCUUUGAAGAAGCAAUGUAUGUGGAAAUUCACAAGCAGCCAUUGAACAAAGGUGUGGGGUUUUUUUGUUUUUGUUUUUUUUUAAAAGAAUGUGUUGCAUAUAUUUGCUAUACAAAUUUUUGUAAAUGUCCAGAUCAGCUCUAGGAUUAUUACAAGUUUUUAGAAUUCUUGUAGAAAAAUCAAAAGUACUGAUUUGAAAAUAACAAUAUUAUCUUCACAUGGAAUUUGUUUUAAGUUAACUUCUUCAAACACUACCAAGGUUACUUUGUUGUAAAACAAAACAAAACAAAAUCCUGAGGGGUAAAAACACUGAUAAUCAUUCAGAUGUACUUAAAAUGCAAAAUUUAUGCACUGAUUGAAAUAGGGUUGCUUAAAGGGGCAAAGCAUUUUACAUAAAUUGUAAACGGCAGAGAUUUGAUGAGGAUAGGUUACAAUAUAUAAAAUGUUAAACCUCUUACAAUAAGCUAAACACAGUAUCACUAAAGAAGGAUUUAUGAUGCAGUUUUUGUAUACUGAAAUGUUAGCUUGUGCAGUACUAUUGGUUCAAUGCCAAUUUUAUUUUAUGUGGAUGUUGCAUGUACUUUAUAGUAAUGUACAGUAAGAUUAAAAAGACACAGUAAUUUUACUUAAAUUACAGUGCAGUCUAGUUAAUCCAUUGUUAAUAUUGACGCAGUGUCUGCCUUUAAAUAUUAAAUGACAUGUUGAAAAUUUAAGGAUGCAACUGCUACAUUUAUGCAAUAUAGAAUAGUAAUGUAAUGCUGUUAACCAAAGGGCAGAAUAAAUAAGCAAAA